AUGUUCCAGGCCGUCCUCCGCGUGAUGCGUCUGCAUAUGAACCACUCUGAUAUGAUUCUCGCAGGCACUGCUGUUGUCUACAACUUGACUCGUGGUGAGCAGAGUGCCCAACUGCCGCUCGAUUUGCUCAAUAGAGCCGUCAAUAUCACGCUGACUGCCAUUGAACAGCAUCAAAAGUUGCUUCAACUGCUGAAGAAUUGUUUUCUCACUCUGUGCAGCGACACAGUACUGCAUCGAGCCCAAUUCAGUUGCAAGCGAUGCUGUGAAUUAGUGUUUCAGAGUCUCAUCAAGUACGAUGAUGUGCAUAUGAAACGCAUGGGUGUGGCAAUUAUUUCCAUCCUCGCCGCGGAGGUGCCCACUAGUGACCUUCGUGACCUGUCUUCUGACAGGCGCCGUCUUGAGCGUCUCCUGAUCUAUGUGGUUGAGAAGUGUCUCCUUGCGAGUGAUGUCCAGGAACUGCUGGCCUUGCCACUGGGACAGACUUUACAGUAUCUGCAGAUGACAAGAUGCCAAACUGAAGGUCCGCCCGUCUACGAUACCACUCUUCGAUUCACUCUCUCCGCCCUUUGGAACCUCACCGACGAGUGCCCCGACGCCUGUCAGGGCUUCGUCGAAGUCGGUGGACUGUACGUGUACGCCAAGGUGCUAAAGGUGGGUUUCUCCUUCGUCACAGCUAGUGAACAUCCCUCUAUACGCUAUUGUCGGCAAAGUCCCUUGGCUGUUCCACUUCCGUCCCUGAACAGUAUUUUCUUUUUGUGA